AUGAAGAAGAAACAGCAGCAACACCCGGGCGGCGGCGUGGAAGCCUGGGCGCGCGGGGCCCCUCCCGGGGGCUCCCCUCCGGGCCAGGGCGGCUGGCGGCGCCGGCUGCCUCUGCCGCCGCUCCUGCGCUUCUCGCUCCGGGACUACGGGCUCUGCAUGGCCACCCUGCUGCUCUUCUGCCUGGGCUCCCUCUUCUAUCAGCUCGGCGGGGGACCCCCGCGCUUCCUGCUCGACCUGCGCCAGUAUCUGGGAAAUUCCACUUACCUGGAUGACCAUGGACCCCCGCCUAGUAAGGCGCUGCCCUUCCCUAGCCAGGUGGUGUACAAUCGAGUGGGCAAAUGUGGCAGCAGAACCGUGGUCUUGCUUCUGAGAAUCUUGUCUGAGAAGCAUGGAUUCAAUUUGGUCACUUCUGACAUUCACAACAAAACCAGGCUUACGAAAAAUGAGCAAAUGGAACUGAUUAAAAAUAUAAGCACUGCCGAACAGCCCUAUUUAUUCACUCGACAUGUUCAUUUCCUCAACUUCUCAAGGUUUGGAGGGGACCAGCCUGUCUACAUCAACAUCAUCAGAGACCCCGUCAACCGGUUUUUAUCCAACUACUUUUUCCGUCGAUUUGGAGACUGGAGAGGAGAGCAGAAUCACAUGAUCCGAACCCCCAGCAUGAGGCAGGAGGAGCGCUACCUGGACAUCAAUGAGUGCAUUCUUGAGAACUAUCCCGAAUGUUCCAAUCCCAGGUUGUUUUACAUCAUUCCGUAUUUUUGUGGACAGCAUCCCAGAUGCAGGGAGCCUGGCGAGUGGGCCCUUGAAAGAGCGAAACUGAACGUGAAUGAAAACUUCCUGCUGGUGGGGAUUCUGGAGGAGCUGGAAGACGUGCUGCUUUUACUGGAAAGAUUUUUACCUCAUUACUUCAAGGGUGUGCUCGCUAUCUACAAAAACCCAGAGCAUAGGAAACUUGGCAACAUGACUGUGACCGUGAAAAAGGCCGUGCCCUCGCCCGAGGCCGUGCAGAUCCUCUACCAGCGAAUGAGAUAUGAGUACGAGUUCUACCACUACGUCCGGGAGCAGUUCCACCUGCUGAAGCGCAAAUUUGGACUCAAGUCCCAUGUCAGCAAGCCCCUCCUGAGACCCCACUUCUUUAUUCCCACCCCCCUGGAGACCGAGGAGCCAAUUGAUGAUGAGGAACAAGACGACGAGAAGUGGUUAGAAGAUAUUUAUAAGAGGUGA